CAGCAAACACCAGCAGCAGCAGCAGCAGCAGCAACCACGAUAUUCAGUCCUACCAACAUUCUUAUAUUUUCCUUUUAACGUGCGAAAAUUGGCAUUUUUUUUUCUUCUCAAUGAAAAACAAAAUUCUUACUACCCACGUGAAGAAUCAAAAAUAUCAACACACACACGCACUCAUUUGCGUUUUACUUUCAACAAUGACAAUGGGCUUGACAUAAUUAUAUAACUGGAAAUUGCAUCAUCUGUGCUGGAUCAACACCUAUCAGACAACAUCACUUUUGUAAUCACUAGCUAAUUGAAUUACAAGUGAAAACGAAAAUUGAAAAAAAAAAAAAAACAAAACUUGCGAGAGAGAAAAGUGAAAAAUGACGAGAGAAGAGUUUAACAUCACUGUACUGUAUGGAAGUGAGACCGGAACUGCACAAGAUACUGCUGAAGAAAUUUGGAUUAAUGCCAAAAGAAAUGGACUAAUGUGUUCAGUGACAGCAAUGGAUGAUUACAACAUGGAGCAUCUUGGUUCAGAGCGCUUGAUAAUUUUUGUCGCUUCAACAACCGGUCAAGGUGAUGCACCAUCGAAUAUGACGAAAUUCUGGAGAUUUUUACUGCGUAAAUCUCAUCCCCAAACUCUUCUUAAAAAUCUAAAAUAUGCAGUCUUGGGAUUGGGCGAUAGUUCUUACGAAAAGUACAACUUUGCCGCCAAGAAACUCAAUAAACGUCUAGCCCAACUAGGAGCACAGGAGAUUAUUCCAAUUGCUCUAGCAGACGAUCAACAUGACUUGGGAAUUGAUGCAAUAAUAGAGCCCUGGAUAAAAAACCUUUGGCCCGUAAUAUCAGAUGCUCUGAGCAUCCCUCUAGAAGCUUCUCCUGUCAAUCAAGUUGUUGAACGCUUCAACAUCUCCAUCAUCAACCAGCCAAGCCAACGUUCAAUAGUAGAAUUGAUAAAAAAUAUACCUACAGACAUUUACAAACAUCAACUUGAAGUGAAUAAUCAUUUAAAACUAGCAACCAUCAUGAAAAACACGAGAACAACAACUCUAGAUCAUUUUCAAGACGUUAGACUAAUUGAAUUAAAUAUUACAAACGUUAACUAUCAACCUGGAGACAUUAUUUACCUAAGACCAAAAAAUUCUCCGGAGCAAGUAUCGAAAUUUUUUCAUCUUCUGAGGGAACACGAUAUUCCGCUAACACCAGAGACACUUUUGAGUAUUUCCGAUAAUAAGGAAAUAAAGCUUCCAGAUUGCUUGAAAUAUCCCUUGACCUUUCAACAAGUUGUUGAGCAGUAUUGGGACCUUAAUUACAAGCCGAGACGGUCCACAAUGCAGGUCCUAGCUUUGUUGAGUGAUAAUGAGCUUGAAAAGGAAAAACUCACCGAGUUUUCCACAGCUAUUGGCCAAGAUGAACUUUAUAAUUAUGUAAACAGACCGAGAAGAAAUAUUAUAGAGGUCUUGAGGGAUUUUCCUUACACCACCAGGAAAUUGAACGAAAAAAUUCUGUUUGAGGUGAUGGCACCAAUCAAGCCCAGGGCAUUUAGCAUAGCAUCUAGUUGUAAAUCCACUCCUGAUAAGAUUCAUUUGUUGGUGGCUGUUGUCAAGUAUAAAACUAAAUUGGUGGAACCGAGAUUGGGACUCUGCUCCAAUUGGCUUGCGUCAUUAGAAAAAGGCCAGCAAGUGAUUUACUGGUUACAGAAGGGUACAUUUCAUUUUGAUUGGGAAAAACCAAUGAUUCUUGUUGGUCCUGGCACUGGGAUUGCUCCAUUUAGAUCGCUUUUGUUAGAACAAGAAGCCACGGGAGUCGAUUUACAUAACGUUGUCUUGUUUUUUGGAUGCAGAAAUGAGAAAAAGGAUUUCCAUUGUAGAGAAGACUAUGAGAGAUUGGUAAAGAAUAAUAAUUUAACAAUUUUUUGUGCCUUCUCAAGGGAUCAAGCGGACAAAAUAUAUGUUCAACACUUGAUCAGAAAACAAGGUGCAUUAUGUUGGAAUUUAUUAUUAAAUGGUGGCAAAAUCUACCUGUCUGGAAGCUCCAAAAAUAUGCCAAAAUGUGUCAGAGACGAAUUUGUGGAUAUAGCAAAGAAAUUUGGUAAUUUUAACGAUUGUGAUGCUGAAAAUUUUGUGAGAAACCUUGAGAAAAGUGGACGAUAUCAAACUGAAACUUGGGGUUAACUUUCGAGAAAUAUACAAUUUUGAAGCUACCAUAAAAAAGAAAAAAAAAUGCUGCCAAUGUCACGGAAUUUCGAUACUGAAUUUUCAUUGGAUCACGGCACGGCCAUACUGGCCAUAUACCGUAUAUACAUGUUAAUGUUAUCCAUAACCUCAAAUUCGCCUGAAUUGGGAAUCAAUUCCAAUUCAGUGAGUUCUUCCACUCACUGCAAUGGAAAUAAAUAUAAACUGAUUACAUAAA